AUGGUCAAGGUGCCUGUCGCCGACGCGGCCACCACCGCGCCUGUCUCGGGCGCGACAGAUGAUGCUGCCGCGAAGACAGCGCGCGGUCUCGUCGUGGACGCGGCUUUGAUGCGAGCUGUAUUGCUCAAGGCAGCGGAGCUUGGAUUUGUCCAAGAGUUGCCGACGAUCAUCCAGGCUCCACCGACGGGAGCCACCAUUUAG